GCAAUGUAAAAAAGCCAGCUGCCAAUGAAGUUCAUAUACCGCACCCUGCUAUCAAUUGGAACGGUAGUUGCAGUUUUGAUCUACUUCUACUGCACCCUCCUGGAUACCCCUCCAGAAACUGAGCUUCUCCCUUACAUCAGUGAUAGGUUCGGGGAGGAGUGUUUACACGAGGGAGUAGUGUAUAAAGAGGGGGAGGUGUUCGUGCUGACUUGUGCGGAGUGCUACUGCUCCUUUGGGAGGGUUGAGUGUGCUGUGGUGCAUUGUAAGGAGAUUAGGAAUACUCUGGGGAUGGACCUCAUAACCAGGGCCGUUCAAGUUCUCAUACCCACGCUUGUUCAAGAUUUUGCGGGGACUGUAGCUGUGAUGAACUCAGUUUUAAAGCAUACAAAACAAAAGAUUAAAUUCACGAUAGUCCUAUACCAUAACGACGAUGUUGAUCAAAUUCAGGUUAACCAUCUAAAAAACUGGAUAGAAGGCAGUGAUCUGAGAUCAGCAGAUUAUGUUAUCACACCAUUUAAUGAUAGAACCGGGGAGGGAGCGGAUUCUUACUUCAUGGAAGAUUACCAGAAAAAGAAACAGUCGUACGAGGAAACAAUGAAAAAGGAGAUGAGAGAGUUGGGGCCCGAUAAUAGGGGACCUGAUCAGAUGGUGCCAUUAGGUGGUGUUAAGUCCAAGAGAAGAACUGCAGUGUUGCUGUUAAAUACCCUGCUUCCUAGGGAACACCGGGUGGUGGUUCUCAGUAAUCACGUGCUAAUCAAGGGAGACAUCGCUGAAUUGUUCAAUGUGGAUAUGAAGGGUAGCUCUGUUGCAGUUAUCAAUACUUGUACAGGGUCUUACCUAUCACCCUCUUCUCGUUUUAAAGACUUCUUUAAGCCACCCCUCUUGGAACAUUACGGGGUCCCGGGUGAUCAGUGCAUCUUUUCUCCAGGUGUCAUUGUAGCUGACCUUGAUGAGUGGUUUUCUGGGGAGACUGAAUCUCAACUCUCUGUCACCCUGUGGCAUGUUCUGAGCAAUGUAGAUCAUUUGGUUUCCAGUGAGGCAGCUAGUUUUGCUCCGCUUCUCCUCAAUUUUUGGAACCAGUCACGUGAUUUAGGGAAUGUGUGGAAUGUUUGUAACCUUGGUAAUACUGAGUGUAACCAUGGUCACGGUCCCCCUGCUCCUGCUGUGUUAGAAGGAGCUAAAGUGAUAGAUUGGGGGUUUCAGAGACCGUGGAAAUGUAAAAACUCGUUCAAUUUGUGGGAAGAGUAUUUUCUACCUGACCCUACUGGAAUGUUUAGAUUAAGUAAUCCUCACGACUCUCGUGAUGAUUUAUAGCGAAGAGCAGGGGAAUUAUAAAGUCUUAUUUAUUUGCUGCAUGUUAUAAAGUAUAUGAGGUAAGGCAAUGUUAAUAAGAUGCUUAUAACAAUUUACAGACAAUUUAAUUUCCUUACAAUAACAUAUUUAUUUUUAAAAUUUGAACGUUGUUAAUAAUAUUUAUCUGUAUUAUUAUUUAUUUGGGAUUUUGUGAUGUAUUAAUUAUUGUGCUGAUAUUGUGUGCUUAUUUUACGAGGCACAUUCUUUAAAGUAACAAGAAAAUUAAUUGUGCAAUACAUAAAAUACUUCUUCAUUCUUGUACAUCUUUUGUAUUCGCCAAUUAAAGUGUUUUCUUGAUUUUCUUUACAUGAUUAUAUUUCGUGGAAUAUCUUGGUUAUUUGACAUUUUUCGUAAAUCUUUAAGCAUCAUUUUUCAAUCGCUGCUUUGUUUGAUGGAUACGUUUAUUUAUUUAUUAGUUUAAAUUGAA